AUGGACGCCCUCAAAGAGAAGCUACAUCAUACUCACCUACAUGAUGUCAGAGCCAAAGCAUCGCAUCUGAAACAUAAAAUUGGGAAGCUUGAGAACCUCGUCAACCCAAACCAUCGCCAUGACGAGGCUCACGAACAGAAGACCGACAAAAAACGGACUGCGAUUUCCGAGUCUCACAGAUUUGGUUCCUUUGCUCCUGAACAUGACGGAAAUAAGGUAAAAUGGUAUGUCGAUGCGUCAGAUUACAUGUGGGCAGUGUCUGUUGCGCUGGAUCGUGCUCAAGAGACCAUUUAUCUGGCCGAUUGGUGGCUUUCUCCCGAGUUAUUCAUGCGAAGACCUCCAGAGGUCAACCAGGAAUGGAGAUUAGACCAGAUUCUCAAGAGACGCGCCGAGGCAGGUGUUCAGAUUUAUGUCAUUGUCUACAAGGAGGUCAAUCAAGCUAUAACGUGUAAUUCUGCACAUACCAAACAUGCAUUGAGAAAUCUCUGUCCCGAGGGAACAAAAGGUGCUGGGAACAUCCAUGUUCUUCGACACCCCGACCACAACCUCUUGGAAAACUUUGGGGAUAUGACUUUAUAUUGGGCACACCACGAAAAAUUCGUAGUAAUUGACUACUCACUUGCAUUUAUCGGCGGUAUUGAUCUCUGCUUCGGGAGAUGGGAUAAUCAUCAACAUUUGCUCGCAGACGUCCAUCCGGCUGGUAUAAAGAAUGAGAUCUUCCCAGGCCAAGAAUUCAACAACAACCGUAUCAUGGAUUUUCAAAGUGUCGAGGACUGGCAAAACAACGAGCUAGACAAAACCGAUUACGGCCGUAUGCCAUGGCACGAUGUUUCAAUGGGCUUAAUGGGUGAUUGUGUGUAUGAUAUAGCCGAGCAUUUCGUUCUAAGGUGGAACUGUGUCAAACGAGACAAGUAUAAACGCGACGAUAACGUGGACUAUCUCAUGUUGGAGGGCCGAGACGAGGAUCUGAUCGGUGUUCAACGUCCCCAAUAUCCUUGCGGAGAGUACAUCCAACAUCCCUUGACCCCAUUGAGUACAAAAUCCCGCGGUGACCAGGGAACAGUCCACGCUCAGAUAGUCAGGAGUAGCGGUGACUGGUCCUCUGGAAUUUUGACGGAGCACAGUAUACAGAAUGCAUACUCGGAGAUUAUCAGGAAUGCACAACAUUACGUCUACAUAGAAAAUCAAUUUUUCGUGACUGCGACUGGAGACCAGCAAGCGCCUGUGCAAAACACCAUUGGCCGUGCUAUUGUUGAUGCUGUGGUUCGCGCCGGAAAAGAAGGCCGAAAGUUUAAAGUAAUCAUUGUUAUUCCGUCCAUCCCAGGCUUUGCUGGAGAUCUGCGCCAGAGCGCUGCGGCAGGUACUCGAGCAAUCAUGGACUAUCAGUAUAAGUCCAUAUUGCGAGGCGAAAACUCUAUUUUUGAGCAGAUCAAAGCGCAAGGUGUUGAUCCAACAGAGCACAUAUUCUUCUUCAACCUUCGAUCAUAUGACCGGAUCAACAAAACAUCAAGGCUAGUCGAGCAGGAAGAGAAAUCUGGUGUUCAUUACCAAGACAUACAGCGCGCAAAUGCGGAACAGAUCAUGGGCGAAAGUGUCCAUCCAGCGAUUGGCAGAGAAGGUGACAAAACAGAAAAGAGUUAUAGUGUUGAAUCAGAACAUCAGGAGCAGAAGAUCGACAAUGUGCGGAAAUUCGAGGAGCAACGUGAACGAGCAUAUGGAGAGGAUCGAGAGAUUAAAAGCAGAGACAACAUUGCACAAAAUGCCAUGCUCAACCAGCGAAAAGUGAGCGAAGAGCCCUGGGAAGAAGACGAUCCUGAGACAGAGAAACAAAAUUUUAUCCAGGAGGAGCUUUAUGUCCAUGACAAAGUUUGCAUUGUCGACGACCGGAUUGUCAUUUGUGGAAGUGCAAAUAUCAAUGAUCGAUCACAACUCGGCAAUCGAGAUAGCGAACUGGCUAUCGUCCUCGAAGACACCGACAUGAUUGACAGCACCAUGAAUGGUCAACCAUACCGCGCUGCACGCCUCGCAGCGACUCUCCGACGCCACCUUUGGCGUGAGCAUCUCGGCUUGCUCCUGCCUCAGGAAUACGAUGCAAGCGACAGCCCAAACGCGCAACCACCCGACGACUGCCCAAACAGGAAUGACGAAGGGACCGAGUACGACGCGUUCGUCGCUGACCCCCUGAACGAAGAGCUCUGGGGAACAUGGACCACGCAGGCAACGACAAAUACAGAAGUAUUUCGAUUUUUAUUCCGUGCAGAUCCCGAUGACAACAUUAAAACUUUCGAGGAAUACGACCAAUUCGCGCCGAGAAAGUCGAUUAAACAGGGCCAUCUCCACGAUCCGUUCUUACCCGUGGAUACUGUCCGCGAGAAUUUGGAUAAGAUUAAAGGCCAUUUAGUCUGGAUGCCGCUGGAUUUCUUGAAAGACGCCGAAAUGGCUGAACCAGGACUGUCUGUAAAUCACAUUACGGUGAGCAUCUACACUUGA